ACAGAAGGCACGGCGCGCUGCGGGACAGAUUCCCAGGCACCUCUCAGCCGACCGAGCUGGGACAUUUCCUCGAGUUCGUGAACGAUCUACAGGCUGCAUUUGAUGCUUUGACGAGCUUAAGAAUCCCUGGAGAGGGUUAGGGUUAGGGUUAGGAGAUAAGCACAGGAACAUGCGGAGCUAUCUGACGCGCGCCGGGCAAGUUUUGCGCCACUUGCUGUUGCGGCAGGAGCGCGGCGGUUUUUUAGAAGCCUUCUCAGUUUGAGGAACUUUGAAAGCUAAUAGUAUGAAGUCUUCUGACAUGGCAUGUUUCCUGCGUUGUGUCCUCAUGCUCAGGAUUGCGACUCAUGGGAUGUAGUAAAUGGAGAGCUGCGUUCAACUUUGGACACCUGAAGGUGCAGUCCAAGCUGUCCGUCUUCUUUACCAUGAUCAUUCUCUUCACUUACCUCUUUUACUGCCUCAACGGAUACUGCGACUCCCUGCCCAGGCCUGUUUACGACCAACAGAGUAAUUUACAAAACAAAAUUCUCCUAAAUGAUGGACAUGAGGCGUCACCGCAGCAGCUCGGCGCGUUUAACGCGUCUCAGGGCUCGAUCGUCCGGGGGCAGCUGUCGGACUUGUCGAACAGCGAUGCUCCUUCCAACAACAUCUCUAUAGCCAAUAAUUUCGGCAGCAAAAAGUUUCCCCAGGCCAUCAUCAUCGGGGUGAAGAAAGGUGGCACACGGGCUCUGCUCGAGUUCCUGCGCAUCCAUCCGGACGUGAGAGCCGUCGGCUCUGAGCCGCACUUCUUUGACCGCUUCUACGAUAAGGGGCUGGAAUGGUACAGGAACCUGAUGCCUCGUACUCUGGAGGGUCAGAUCACCAUGGAGAAGACCCCCAGUUACUUUAUCACCAAAGAGGCCCCUCGCCGUGUCUUCUCCAUGAGCCGCCACACCAAGCUCAUUGUGGUGGUGCGCGACCCUGUGACCCGGGCUGUUUCUGAUUACACCCAGACUCUGUCCAAAUCUCCCGGGCUGCCAUCCUUCCAGAACCUGGCCUUCCGAAAUGCCACCACAGGCCUCAUCGACACAUCCUGGAGCGCCGUGCGCAUUGGCAUCUACGCUAAGCACCUGGAGAACUGGCUGCGCUUCUUCCCGCUCUCACGCCUCCUGUUUGUCAGCGGCGAACGCCUCGUGACGGACCCAGCAGGUGAGAUGGGCCGGGUCCAGGACUUCUUGGGACUCAAGCGCGUGGUGACAGACAAGCACUUCUACUUCAACCAGACCAAAGGCUUCCCCUGCCUAAAGAAGCCAGAGGGGAGCAGCAGGCCGCGUUGCCUUGGGAAGUCAAAGGGCAGGCCCCAUCCCCAAAUCCCCUCGGAGGUCCUGCUUAGGCUCAGAGACUUCUACAGACCCUUCAAUCUCAAGUUUUACCAAAUGACCGGCCACAAUUUUGGCUGGGACUGAACAGCUACUCACCAAAGCUCUUGAAAACUGUUAGUACCAUUGUUUUUAAGCCAACUACCAAAUCCAGACAGGGAUACCUUGAAAACCUUGUGUCAAUAAAAAGGUUUUACUGUGCAAAAUAUGCCUUUCCUUCAUUUCCUAAGCUAUGAAAACCCCUGCUUUGCUCCAGAUUUACAACAGCCAUGCUAACAAAGGUUGUGAUUGCUUCAAUUCCCUGAGCGACUUUCACAAGGAAUACUAAACAGAAGCUUGGGAGAAACGCUGGUUGCGGCUCGUGCUGCUGCACUGUGACGGGCGCAAGCCGCACUGAAGCAUACUGCUCAUUUGCUUUAAAUUGGAACUUCUAGCACUUGGCACCCCGAGUGCCAGAGGUAUGCUAAGCUCUCAUUGCUGUCUAAAACACUGAACAGCACAACCUCUAAAUUGAAAAUAACCCGAAAAAGAUGCCAAGACUGGAAAGAGAUGUGCCUAAAGUUAAACCAAAUGGCACACGGGUAACAAGCCGUGACAGUCAGGCAGAGUUACGAUAAACCAAAUGACAUGUUGGAGUUCAGAGACACGGGAGCCCUGCUAAAAAAACGACACAGGCAGUGAGGAAAGAGGCCAAGGGUUUUGAAUUAUGCAUAAUGGCACAAUCAAAAUAAAAGCAAAUGUGUUGUGCUGAGACAUAAGUUAGUCAUCCAGGGUUACUUAAAUCCUAUCAGCAUUGUUCAGUUCACCUCUGGGUAAAUGAUCACGUUUAUACAGUCAUAGGAAGUUCUUUUUUCUUUUGUUCUUUCAGUGCAAGCCCCUAUUCUGGACUGUCUUUUUAUUUUUAAAAAAAUUAAAGAUGUAGCAAAUUCAAAAGGAUACCUGGUAGUGGUGCAAAAAGGUACCAGAAAUGUAAAACACAGUCCACUAUGUGCUGUAAAUUUGCUGUUAUUUAAGUUUCCACUGCAAUGCUUGUAUAAAAUGUUCUUUGCAGACAACACCUGUAUCUGCGCUUGUUUUCUACUUCAAUGAACUGACACUCACUUCCACAGACGGUACUUACAUGCCACUGUAUAUUUCUAAAAGCUUAAUUUAUAAGAUGACAAACUAUUGUUGAGAUGUUUUCUCUGAGACUUUUGUAUUUGAAAUUCUGCUGGAAAUUCUGACUAAAACUUUUAUUCUAAAAUGUG